CAUCGAGACUCAUGUUUUAUCUGCGUCCUCUGUGCAGGUCUCCUGAGUGCCUGAGCAUGGACCCGGUGGCCACGCACAGCUGCCACCUCCUCCAGCAGCUGCACGAGCAGCGCAUCCAGGGCCUGCUCUGUGACUGCAUGCUGGUGGUGAACGGCGUCUGCUUCAAAGCGCACAAGAAUGUCCUCGCAGCCUUCAGCCAGUACUUCAGGAGCCUCUUCCAGAAUUCUCCCGCCCAGAAGAGCGAUGUUUUUCACUUGGAUAUUAAGAAUGUCAGCGGCAUUGGGCAGAUCCUGGACUUCAUGUACACGUCACACCUGGACCUGACCCAGGACAAUGUGCAGGUGAUGCUGGACACAGCACAGUGUCUGCAGGUGCAGAACGUUCUGAGUCUGUGUCACACGUUCUUAAAAUCAACCCCUAUGGAGCAGCCACCCAGCAUGCCUGGGGGUAGCGCGUUCUCCCUGCCGGGCGCUCCGGCUCCGGACACCAGCUGUGCUCUCAGUGAAAGCUACUCUCCUCACGUACUGCCGGCGUGUUCGGCGGACGUGCAGCACGGUAAGGCCUUGGACGAGCCGCACUCUCAGGCUCCACCGUCAGUUCAGCUUCAUCACCCUGCAGGCGAAGCGUCGAAACUAGGCCCUGACACUUUAGACGGCAGCUGCACAGAACUGCCACUCAAACAGCCAAAUUACUACUACAAACUGAGAAACUUGUACAGUAAGCAGUACUAUAAGCAAGCCGCUUGUCCCAGUCACGAGAGAAUAAUCGAGCAGCCUUUCACUGUCAGCCCAUCCACAGGCCCGGCUGCCGUGGAAAACCAGCCCUGUGCUGUCAGUCAUUCCGAAUGCGCCCUGCAGUCCGCGGAGCACCUGCCUCCCAACUUCCUGGCCCAGCCUCUGAGCGAACCUGCCCCAGACCCUGAGUCAGACAGCACGUGCCAGCCACCCACCAAACAGAUGAGGCUCAAGAAGGCCGUUCACCUGAAGAAGCUCAAUUUCCUGAAGUCACAGAAGUCUGCAGAGCAAACUGCUGAAGCCACGUCGGAUGAGGGUCUAACCCAGAGGAUUGGCCCUGCUAGUGACAACGCCACAGAGAAAGCCAGCAGUCAGCGCUCUGGGGAGAAGGAAUGUGAAGAACCCGGCAGCUCUGACAGCUUCCACUGCAUUAUCAAAACGGAGAGCCCCGAAGACCUGGAAGCUCCAGAGGACCAGUUCCAGACACCGCAGUCCCAAUGGCAGUACGCGUGUGACCUGUGUGGGAAGCCUUUCAAACACCCAAGCAACCUGGAGCUUCACAAACGGUCCCAUACAGGUGAGAAACCUUUUGAAUGUAACAUUUGUGGGAAACAUUUCUCUCAGGCAGGAAACUGGCAGACUCACUUGCGUCGGCAUUCUGGUGAAAAGCCGUACAUCUGCGAAGUCUGUGGCAAGAGGUUUGCAGCCUCUGGGGAUGUCCAGCGCCACAUCGUCAUUCACUCAGGAGAGAAGCCGCACCUGUGUGACACCUGUGGCCGAGGCUUUAGCAACUUCAGCAACUUGAAGGAGCACAAGAAGACACACACGGCUGACAGAGUGUUCACCUGUGACGAGUGCGGGAAGUCCUUCAACAUGCAGAGGAAGCUGGUGAGGCACCGCGUCCGGCACACGGGGGAGCGGCCCUACAGCUGCACGGCCUGCGGGAAAAGUUUCGGGGGAUCCGGUGACCUCCGCAGGCACCUCCGCACGCACACCGGGGAGAAGCCGUACACGUGUGAGAUCUGCGACAAGUGCUUCACCCGCUCGGCCGUGCUGCGGCGGCACCGGCGGAUGCACUGCCGCGCGGACGAUGGGGGCCGGGACGCGCUGCGGGAGCUCGCCCGCCUGGACAAGGCUCCCAGCUCCGACUCCUUCUCCCAGGACGUGUCUGUGACUUUGAUGCCCGUGUCUGUGAAGCUCCCCAUCCAUCCAGUGGACGAGCCCGUGACAGAAUUUGACGGCCACUCUGCCGGCUCCUUCUGUAAGUUCUGGUCCACGCCUCAGCCACGUGGGGUCGGCAACCCGGAGAAGCUCAGUGCGGAUCCUGGCAAACUCGCCAAGGCCCCCGGGCAGCACACGCAGCCUCAGGCCUUCACUUACUCAGCCGCCAACGCCUCCACCAGCAACGGGCCGCUGCCCACGGACAGCAUGGCUAUAGUCCGCCCGUCUCUGGCCACUCUGGACCAUCCCUGCGGCGACCCCCUGGGCAGCUGGGUGUCAGGCGCGGCGUACAGGAACUCAGAGGGGCCCUUCUUUUCCAGCAUGACUCUGUGGGGGCUGGCGAUGAAGACGCUGCAGAAUGAGGGCGAGCUGGACCAGUGAUGCCGGCAUGCUGAUGCCGCUACGCCGACCCCAGUGAUACCGAUGCUGCGAUGCCAACACAGCGCUGCUCAGCUGCGGGUGCGUUUUCCAGGAGGCCGAUGUCCAGGAGGAAGCCGUCCCCUGCGACGCCCUCUCGCCAGCCCGACACGUGGGACGGUCCCUCCUGACGUGGCUGGUAACUGAAAGCCUCCUGAGCUUGGGGUUUGGGAUGAAAGGCCCUAGCUCACUGUGGAAGCAGGCGCUAGAGUGGGAGCUGGCGUCACAGAAGCCAAGGGCUGGAGAAGCCGUCCACUGACUGACUGGCUGGCAUGAUGGCGUGUGGACUUGGGGGCAACUACUGUACAUUGUGGUUAUGCUAAA